AACUGAUCCAAUUACCCCCCUCCAAUCUUCUUGACUUCUUCUGUCUGUCACCCCUUCCUUUGUUUCUCUCUCACACAGUCACACAGUGAUUUUCAUAAAACUCAGCUCAACCCAGACGGCCAGAAUCUUCUAUUAAUCUCUCUGAACCUCCUGAUUCAUUCAACACCAAUCAUCAUCUGAAACCAAUUCUUUUUCUUUUUCCCUACACGAUUUCUUGAGUUUCUCAUCUGUGUUGGGCUCCGAUUCUCUGUUCUUGUUGUUGGAGAUAAAGAGGGAAAGAUUUAUUCCAAAAAAUAAUCCAACAAAAUGGGGAAGAAUCAAGCUUACAAAGCUAUGCAGAGAGCAAGGCUAGGGGCCAAUGGGGCUGGUCCUGAAGAGGUCAAUGAUGGCAUGGUGGAUGGUUCUUUUCAUUCACCAGAGUGGCAUGCUGCACGUCUGGCAAGCCUCAAUAAAUCACAUACUGUGACUUGGGAAGAGUUCAAAAAGAAGCAGAAGGAAGAAGAGAUGAGAAAGGGGGAGUUAGAAGCAGAUAAAGAUAAAAUGAUGCGGGAAUAUAGAGCUCAAUUGGAUGCAGAACGGGCAUUAAAACUAGCUAAAGGAAGAAAUCAUUCGAGCAGUAAAUCUUGUCGAAAGGAUAAGAAAGAGAAAGAUAAGGAUUCAAAGAAGCGUAGUAGCAGAAGCAAGAAGAGAAAGCAUUCAAAGAAAUAUUCAGACUCCAGCUCUUCAAGUUCGUCAUCGGAUUCUUCAAGCAGUGAUGAUGAGUCAAGAGGAUCAAAGUCAAAAUCUAAGAGAAGGAAGAAAGAAAGAAAACACAGAUCAAGAUCUAAGCAUUCUAGUAGUGAUAGCGAACCGGAGGGCCCUUUGCCACUUUCCAGAUUUUUUGGGAACGUCAAAAGCUGAAUUUGCUGAAUGUGUAUUAUCAUCAUUGCUUAUAACAGCAGUUGAAGAGAUUCUUACUAAAUCAACAGGAUCUAGGAGUGCAGUUUUUGUAACUGUAUCUAUAUUCUAUGUUGGUGAUACGUUAAAUUGGUUCUGUAAUUUAUUAUGGAUACAUCUUGAUGAUUGUUCAUUAAAGAUAUGAAUGUUAGAGAUCUGAAUGAUCUUGAAAGACCUCCAAUUUUAGAACCUGCUUAAUUUUGUGGUAUGCUCUUCUGAUGGAAUAAGGUAUUAAUCAUGCCUAGAAAUAACUUUUAGACAAUUAUUUUAGGAUGGGAG